AUGUCCUCCUCUUCUUUAUCCUUGGACCACCUCCCUCCUUCCGAGCAACUUUGUUAUGUUCACUGCAACAUUUGUGACACCAUUCUUGCUGUGAGUGUUCCUUGCACUAGCUUGUUCAAGACUGUUACUGUGAGAUGUGGUCACUGCACUAAUCUCCUUCCUGUUAACAUGCGUGCACUGCUUCUUCCAUCUCCUAAUCAGUUUCAUCUUGGACACUCUUUCUUCUCCCCAACUCAUAACCUUCUGCAGGAGGAGAUGCCAAACCAAGUUCCAAAUUUCAUGAUGAACCUCACAAACACAUCAAAUGAGUUCUCUAUGCCUCCCAGGACUGUUGCUGAUGAGCUUCCAAGGCCACCUAUCAUAAACAGACCUCCAGAGAAAAGACAGAGAGUUCCUUCAGCAUACAACCGCUUCAUCAAAGAUGAGAUCCAACGCAUUAAGUCUGUCAAUCCUGAUAUUACUCACAGGGAAGCCUUCAGUGCAGCUGCCAAGAAUUGGGCCCACUUUCCACACAUUCACUUUGGUCUCAUGCCUGAUCAGACUAUGAAGAAGACAAAUGUGUGCCAGCAGGAAGGAGGAGAUGGUGGUCAGUCUCUGAUGAAAGAUGGGUUUUAUGCUUCUGCUAAUCUUGGUGUUUCCCCAUACUAA